GCAGUGCUAUAUGAUUAUGAAUCGCAUUAUAAAUAAAAGUUUAUAAAAUAAAUACCAUUCAAUAGUUAUAAUCGGUAUAACUUUGGUGCCACGCCUCAAAAAUUCUAAUAUGAAUAAGAUGAUUCAUAGAUGGUUAUUCUCAAUUAUAUUUGGUCUAAUUGCACAAGUUUUAUGUCAACUUGACAAUAAAUUAUAUGACCAAAAUUAUAAACCGCAAGACAAUCCAUAUGACCAAAAUAACUUCUUAGGUGGUGAUAAGUAUACAAACUUUCGAAAUUCAAAUAUAAAUAGCAAUUACAAUUUAAAUGAUUAUGGCAACGAUUACCGAUAUAAUCAGAAUUCAGACCAAUUUAAUCAAUUCAAUAUUGAUUAUCGAGGUCCUGGAACCUUGAACAUUGAUGAUUACAUUGAAAAAUCUGAUAAUGAUCAAAAUUCCAAUGGUAACUGCCCCAAGUUUUGGAUUUCAUACAACCCAGACUCCAAUUCGGAUUUCAAUAGAGGUGGAAGCUAUAAUGAUAUAUGUUUCAGAUUUUUUAUUAGUCUUAAAACUAGAAAUGAAGCAUUCAAAGUAUGCCAGACGUACAAUGUUGAUUUAGCAAAUAUUGAUACAGUCAAGAAGCAUGCAUUCAUAAUCAAGCAUCUUAUAAAAGAUGAAAAUCAUGAUAAUCGGUACUUAAUAAGUGCAAAACUUAUUAAUAAUCAAUGGAUCAAUAAUGACAAUACAAAUUUAGUUAACGAGAAUAUAUAUCCUCAAGAUUUAAUGAGCCAUAUGGAGAAUAUUGACUUACAGCUUUUCACCAGUACAGAAUCGAUGGGGAUUUAA